GUACCAGGGAUACUUCGUUGGCCAGGUAUUAUUCCUACAAAUGCCUCUGUUGAUAAACCGACAAGUCUAAUGGAUAUAUUCACCACUGUAACUAAGCUUGGAGGAGGCACUCUGCCCCAAGACAGGAUCAUUGAUGGAAAGGAUCUAAUGCCUCUUAUGCAGGGAACUGCACCUAAUUCUGAACAUGAGUUCAUGUUUCAUUAUUGUGAUGACUACUUGCAUUCAGUACGAUGGCAAGACACAAGCAGUAAUACCACUUGGAAAGUCCACUAUAUUUCUCCAUCAUUCUCAGAAGGAGAAAAUGCAUGUUAUGGUUCAAAGGUUUGUUCUUGCAGCGGAGAAAAUGUUGUUCACCACGUUCCCCCAUUACUUUACAACCUUUCCAAUGAUCCUUUUGAGGGGAAUCCUCUGCCCAACAACUCAGUGUUCUAUAGAGACGUCAUACAGAAAACCCAGCUAGCUGUAGCACAUCAUAACUCAACAUUGUAUCCAGUACCACAACAGCUCUAUGGGCUAAAAAAUACUUGGGACCCCAGACUUCAACUGUGCUGUGGAACCUUUCCAUUCUGUUGGUGCAGCAAAGAAAGCAAAAGCUAG